AGUAGUUCUCCUGCAGUCGACAGCACCCGGUGGAUCGUGGACACGCUGUCUCCGCUCCAUUUUCAAGUUGCAAGCGGCGGCAUGCACUGGGGAGGGGCUCUCUUCACAUUGUGCCUCUCAGCAUCUCUGGCGGCCUCCUCUACCAACAACGUACCUUCCGCAAUAUCUGGCGAACGUUAUAACGAGGACCUAUUCAUCCGACCACUGUUAGGAUGGCAGAACCUUUUGGAGGAUGUACUACGAGAUUCAGAGAGUUCUGGCCAACAUUAUACGCUGUUUCCACUCACCCUCGGACAAAUUCUCGAGGAGUACUCGAUUGCUGAACUUCACUUGACCUUGAACUCUGGAAAGUGGGAUUAUGACCAUUGGGGCUAUCCCGAUGACCCAAGCGUAGGCACUGGCGCAGAGCUCUGGGCCUGGAUGGCCGAUGGUCCAUCGUCAACGAUAGACGAACGCUGGACAGGCCUUAGAAACGCCCUUGCAGGGCUUUUCUGCGCUUCCCUGGGCUCUCUUGACAUGCGGCGUACAUCCUCACCAUCCACUGUUUUCCCUAUCUCUUUCUCGCCAUCAACCCCACACGCCCUGCGAUACGCUAACCUACCGUCUGAGAACGUCUGCACAGAGAAUUUGACACCAUUCGUGAAGCUCUUGCCAUGUAAAUCCCAUGCAGGGCUAGCAACACUCCUCAAUCCUCAGCGCAUUUUCGAUGCAGACUGGCACGGGCUUAGUAUCCACUUGCGGUCGACUGAGAAGGGUACGGAACUGAAACUCGGUGUGCAAGCUGUGUUCGACCCCGUGAGACUAAGCGGGGGCAGGAGGCGAGACUGGUCUUUCAGGCUGCUUUUCGAUCGCAUGGCAGGCUCGAGCGUGGUUCGCGUACAAGUACCCGACGGCGAGUCUCAUGCACUAUCACCGACGUUUGUAGCGGAUGAUAGUGCUGCGGCCGUCUAUAAUCUGAUAACUCAAGUUCCAUUGGACGUGUCUAUGUCAUGGCCGUAUGAGCAUACGUUCCAAUAUACACGCGUCCAUCAGAGUCGCCUUGUGCCGCUUUCGAUCCAGCGCACCCUUCGUGGGUCCUCUCAGAUUCACGUCGGGUACUUUGAGAAUCUCCCUGCUCUGGUAACACUUUGGAUGCACACCAUGGAAACCAAAGUUGAUGGUGUGAAGCGGGACGAUUUGAUCUCGAAUGUGACAUAUCACCCGCACCAUGUACUCGCGAAUGGUCAAAAAAGUCCCUCAACGUUCCAAGCAACGCUGACCAUCCCUGCUGCAAGCACCCUUCACCUUUCCAUGGAGGUCAGCCGAGCGUUCUUGAAAUAUACCGAACAUCCACCCGAUGCGAUGAGAGGAUGGGAUUUACCACCGGCUAUCCUCUUCCCAGUCUGUGACCCUACUAUGGGCAUAUGCGACAUGCGAAGCACGAGUGCGGACGUGCGAGGCAGAAUGUACACCCCCUCGUUACUCAUUGACCUGCCAACGCCCGACUUCAGCAUGCCUUACAACGUCAUCAUUUUCACUUGCACAUUGAUCACGCUCAUUUUUGGGAGCAUAUUUAACCUGUUAACCAGGUCAUGGGUUAUUGUCCGCGUGGAAGAUUAAUGCUCUGAUGUCCCUUCGACUAGAAAACAUGCCUCUUCUCACGGUAUGGUCUUGGAUCAUAUAAUAAUAAAAUUCAGACGGCAUUAGAUUGCCUUCUAGCUUCUUAAUAGGUGACUUUGAAUCUCUGGAUGGACGCCUGCCAGUGUAUCUGUAUGUGGUUGUUGUGGACUAUUAGUUGGACAACCCAGCAUUCGUGAUCUGUAUAGAAAUGCCUUGCCUGCACAAGUCAGACCUGCUCCAU